AUGGCCGGAUUAAUAAGCUUUAAAGAUGUUUUUGAAAUCGAUAAAGAAAAAUUAUCUUUUAUCACUGAGGAUGAUAUGAGAUUUGCUGCUUGGCAUUAUAUAACUUUAUUUUAUAAUGACGAACCUUGUUCUUUAGAUGAUUUUAAAUUAUACGAUGACGACAAUAAUUAUGAAUAUCCCAGAAUUAAAAAUAAUAAUGGAACAGAAUCUUUUCUAUUUAUAACAAACUCGAAUCUUUAUUUUAAAAAUGAUUUAAUAUCCCAACUUUUUUACAAUGAAUACAAAUUAACUAAUUUUCGUAAAGAUGGAAAAAUAUCUUACACGAUUAAUAUUGAUAAAAAUGUGUUGUUUAAUGAUAACGAGGUUGAAGAAAUCGAAGUAGAAAAUGAUGGUAUUAGAGAUUAUUACAAGUUAAAAGAUGAUGUUG